UUCCUUGAUUCCACUCCAUCUUGGGCGCACCACCCAAUCCCUCGUCAGCGCCCGGCUCCGUACAUAUAUACCAAAUACCCGCCAGCUUCGCUGUGCCUUUUAUUUCCGGGGGACUUCCACCACAACCCGCCACACUUGUCCUUCGCCAUGGAGACGACGACCGAACGUCUUCCAGCCUACGCCUUCCCGGAUGGCCACCCAACCUCACCACCCAUGACCCCCGGCACACGUCUACACACCCAGUCCCGAUAUCCUCCGCAGACAAGUCAGACCUCUCCGAUAUAUAGGAAAUUGUCAAUCGCACAAUUGGCACAGUCGCCCCCGUUGGAAUUCAUCGUGCCCAUUGGGAAUGGUCCAGGAUUCAACUUCACCCGCCUGCAAUCCAGAGGAGCAUCCUCACGCCCGUCCACCGCCUGCGCAACCACGCCCCGAGACUCCGAGGACGAUGCCUCCUCCUCUAGCUCCGAGGAAGACAGCAACCAUCCGCACGCCACCCACAACCACCGACUUCACGAUAGCCACCAACAACAAUCAAACUCGUCCCGCCGCAUCGACGAAGCCGAUGUCUCCUUCAUCCUAGAAGAGCUAAACAGCAGCGACGCCGGCUACGCCAGUGACGUCGAAGUUGUGCACCCGGACCACUUCUCAGACGCCAAAUCCGACCGCAGCGAAAGCAUUCUCUCCAAAUUCAAAGAAAUGCAAGUCCUGGAAGACUCCUCAGACGAAGAAGAGCGUGAGCGCAUCUACCGCCGCAAGAAAAAGCGCUGGAGCGCUGGAAUCUUCAAACGCUCGCACUCCCAGUCCAUCGAAGGCGACUCUAGCUACUCCGAUAACGAUCCCCUCGAUGACGUCGACUCGACUGCUCGUCGACUGAGGCGAAGAGUCCGUGGACCCACUGAUCGGAGACAGUCGCUGGUUUUUGAAGAUCGGGGCUUUGCGAACUCGAAUAACAUCGCCGAGGUCGAGGAGCCUGUUGAAGGCUACAUCUUGCAUUCCAAAGGCCCGCCGUCGAUUCCGUCUGAUGACGCUUUCACGUUGGACGAGUUGCCGUUUUGGGAGGUCGAGGAGACGGAUAGUGUGGGGGCUGAGGAGACUAUGGACGUCGAGUAUGAGUCUUCUUGAUCUGUCUUCCUCUCCCUCCGCCUCCUCUUCUUAGAAGUCAAGGUUGAAUACUGGGGACGAGUAUCAUCGUUUUUGCGUUCUUGCUUUUAUUUUGGGCUCUCACGAUCGAAACGAGGAUACGAUUUGAAUGAUUCUUUGAUGAUAAUGCUCGUUUACGCUGUUCUUGCUAUCCGUUGUUUUUUUGGUCUUCCAUGCCUGCACAUGCUGGAAUUCAUCAUACCAAUAUCACUAUGCUAGCGAACCCCCCCUUUUUACGUAUCUAUUGCUUUUUCUCUUUUCUUUCCUCGAAAUGAGCAUCAUCAAGACAUUGAAUGUGCAUAGACAUGAACCUUUUUUUGGAAUCACACAAAGCAAAUGACAUCAAUGAACAACAGAUUUAUCCUUUCUCGGUUUUCUUUCUCGUCAUCGUCCAGUUUUCUAUGGAGAGUUCUUGUGAUUGUGCGGUAUGCUCUCCACAUACACAUGCCGUUGAUUUGAACAUGUUGUUCAUUGCAUGGAUGGAUGCGAGGCUUGCUGAUGAGGGGGCUUGCACACUCUAUCCACGUAUCUUGUAUUAGAAAGGUAGAUGUUUUUUUUUCUUUUUUUGGUUGCAAAAGUUCAGUGGGGAAGUAGUAGGACGAUAGAUACCCAUGCAUGCAUGCUAUACAGCUAGCCACUCCCUUGCAGGACACCAAAAGCAUCUCAUCAAACAACCCCCAACUCCCCUCCUCUCUCUUAAAAAAAAGCCAAACACGAAAAAAAAAAAUAUUCCAAUUCAUCCCUAACACACACAC